UAAUUGCAAGCUUGCAGAUCAGGAGAGUGCAGAAACACGACGUCGGCCGUCCGGAGCAUCUCUUCAGCCACCCCUGUCCAUCCAAGCUUGACCAAGUGUGUGUACUCAGACCAGUCUUGCUUGGAUCAGCUAUGUAAGUGGAAGUGGGCGGGUUGAUUGCUUGCAGGUUCAGUACAGAGCUUUGUUCGGGCCAUCAGCCAGAGAUGGCGGGUUCAUCCCAUCAUCAGUCUUCUUCGUCUGGCUCCUCACCCUGGUUGGUGAUUGCCCUGUUCAUCAGUCUGACCUUAUUCCUCACCCAGAUCCUGCCCAACAUCACGACCACUGGCACGGCCUUCCGGUCCCAGUUUCCAGGCUGGCCGGGAUCUGGGACCGCGUUGAGCCGUCUGCAAGAUAAAAACAAUGGUUUACGGACGACGACGACGACGACGACGACAGGCAUGGUGGAGGCCUUGCAAGCGCAGUUGCCGAGCUUCAGCUCGGUCAGGGUGGUCUCGCUCAACUCGCGGACCGACCGCAGGAUGCACAUGCAGACCCUCGCCGACUUCCUCCAGCUCGACAACCUCCACUUCGUCGACGCCGUCCUCUACUCCGACCCCCGCGUCCUCGAGAUCGUCCAGCGGAUCGGCAACAACACUAAGGCGGAUAAAAAGAUCGCCGAGGUCGGCCAUGUGGCUUGUCGGAUGUCUCAUCGGUUGGCUAUCGAGGCUGCUGACACAGAUGACGACGAAAUCACUUUGAUCCUCGAAGACGAUGUCGAUAUCGAGGCCGCAUUCAAAUACCUCGCCGGGACCAUCCUGAGGGACGUUCCUAAGGACUGGGACAUCAUCUUCUUCGGCCAUACCGACUUCAGCAACGAAGCCCGAAACGGGCCGGACCCAUCGACCAACAACUUCUAUAUCUACAAGUCGGUCGAGCCGCAAGGGGGACAUGGCUAUGCACUAUCGAGGAAGGGCCGGAAACUGGUUCUCGAUCUGAUGGACAACAAGCGGCCGGAGGUUUACGAGACGGAUGAGGGCCAACCGGUCGACGAGAUCUUUGUGUAUCUGGCCCGGCUCCAUCGGGCCGCCCUCUACUCGAUCAUCCCCGACCUGAUCGUCCAGGUGCCCCUCUUCGUCUCCGAUAUCUUCGGCACCCCCGCCGGCUUCGACGACGGCAUGCAUGCCAAAAAACUGCUCGACUCUAGCUUGACUCGGAUCGCUGCCGCCGCUGCUUCUUCUCACCUCUCACCCCUCAACCAUCCUGUCAUAUCCCAAUCGCCCGCUUUGGGACACUCCUUGAGUCGGAGAACUUCUCACCGCCAUGCUUACACUCAGUAACCCCUUUUCAAAUACAUCGGGUUCUUUCUGCUUGUAUAUAUUCUACAUAACUCUUCCAGCUGCUGUGCUUGUUCACUAUAGCUAUUCUUUCCCGACUAUGUACUCAUUCUUCAUCUAGCAUGGCUUGUUUCUUGUUCGUGGUCUUGUAUCGUAUUGUACUUUAUAUUUUCUUCCUCCUCAUUGAAAAUUUUGGAACCAUGUCUUUUUCUUUUCUAGAUUGUUGUACUUUUUUUAGAUUAUUCGUCUCUUUUUUUUCUUUGACCAUUAAAAUUCGCAACGUUUCCAUGUGCCCAACUU